AUGGCUCCAGCUAAAGCUGAUGUUUCAAAAAAGGCAGAUGCAAAGUCACAAGCCGUGAAAGCUGCAAAGGCUUUGAAAUCGGGUCCCAUCCUUAAGAAGAAGGCCAAGAAGAUCCGAACUUCAGUUACAUUUCAUAGGCCCAGGACAUUGAAAAAGGAGAGGAACCCUAAGUAUCCUCGUAUCAGUGCUCCACCAAGGAACAAGCUCGAUCAUUAUCAAAUUUUGAAGUAUCCUCUUACUACUGAAUCUGCAAUGAAGAAGAUUGAAGACAACAACACUUUGGUGUUUAUUGUUGACAUACGUGCUGACAAGAAGAAAAUUAAGGAUGCAGUCAAGAAGAUGUAUGACAUUCAGUCCAAGAAAGUGAAUACCUUGAUCAGGCCUGAUGGUACCAAAAAGGCUUAUGUUAGGCUGACCCCGGAUUACGAUGCUUUGGAUGUGGCAAACAAAAUUGGUAUCAUCUAA